AUGGCUGCAUCACGAAGAGUUUCUUCUCUACUCAUUCGACGAGUCGCGAAUUCACCAGCACACUCAUUACUGUCGAUACCCCGCCAAAUCCCCCGACUACGCUCUUCGCUCCCUACUGCUGCCGCUUCACGACUUCCAGCGCUACGCUCAUUCCACGUUUCCUCAUUACGCUUUAACGAUGCCCUCCACUUCGAGCGUGAGUCUGACGAAGUUGAUGUCUGCAUUGUCGGUGGUGGCCCUGCCGGUCUCUCAGCUGCAAUUCGUUUGAAACAACAAGCCAAUGCCGCUGGCAACGAAGACUUCCGUGUUCUCCUGCUUGAAAAAGCGGGUGACAUGGGAGCGCACAUUCUCUCUGGCGCCGUGAUUGAACCCAGCGCCCUCAAUGAGCUCCUCCCGGACUGGAAUAGCCCGGACAACGAGAACGGAUUCAAGAACGUCACGGCGGUUACGUCGGAUCGCAUGCGCUUUCUUACAAAGAACAAGGCUAUACCCAUGCCUGGGCCUCCGCAGAUGAACAACCACGGCAACUACAUCGUUUCUCUCAAUGAAUUGACAAAGUGGCUGGCUGAACGUGCUGAGGAAAUUGGUGUGGAAGUGUACCCUGGGUUUGCGGCGAGUGAGGUCCUGUACGCCCCCGAUGGGAGUGUGAAGGGUGUGGCGACCAACGAUCUCGGUAUCGGGCGUGAUGGGAAGCCGAAGCCGAGCUUUGAGCGGGAAGUUCGACCUGAGGAAGAACUCUCAACCGCAGACAUACGGGUCAAGUCAGCCAUACCUUGGGGUGGCCACUUCCGACAAACACAUAUGGUGGCAGCUGGAUGUACCAUUUUGGGGAGAACAAGGUGUCGCUUGGGCUCGUCGUCGGUCUUGAUUACCCUAACCCAUACCUAUCGCCCUAUGGCGAAUUCCAACUCCAUUCCCCAGGUUACCUUCCCCGGUGGAGCUCUCAUCGGUGACACCGCCGGGUUCCUUAACGUCCCUAAGAUCAAGGGAACCCACACUGCCAUGAAGUCCGGAAUGUUGGCUGCAGAGGCCUGCUUCGAUGCAUUGGAAACCAACAAGACUGGCGGAACAGUCAUGCUAUACAACUACGAAGACGCAUUGCGCAAGAGCAGUAUCUGGAAGGAGCUCAAGGAGGUUCGCAAUAUGCGACCCAGUUUUCACUCCCCUCUAAAGCUCUUCGGCGGGAUUUUGUACUCCGGGCUUGAAGCCUAUGUCCUGAAGGGUCGCGUUCCAUGGACUCUCAAGCACCCGGGCCCCGACUACGCCGCCACCAAGACCGCAGACAAGUCAACUCCCAUCACAUACCCCAAGCCUGAUGGAGUGUUAUCGUUUGAUAUCCUCACUUCUGUCUCGCGGACUGGCACGAACCAUGAAGAGGAUCAGCCAGUGCAUCUGCAGGUUGCGGACUGGGACAAGCAUGCGGAAAAGGAAUGGCCACGAUUCAAGGGUGUAGAGAACAGGUUUUGCCCGGCCGGGGUGUAUGAAUAUGUAGAAGAUGCGACAAAGAAGGAUGGCGUGAGAUUCCAGAUCAACGCGCAGAACUGUAUCCACUGCAAGACGUGUGAUAUCAAGGCACCAAGUCAGGAUAUCAACUGGACGACGCCCCAGGGAGGAGAAGGACCGAAGUAUUAUAUGACUUGA